UAUGAAUGACAUCUAAAAAUUUACUAAAGUGACGUUUGGCCAUAUAAAUCAAAAUGGGAAUGUGACUGAGUAGUGUAUCAAAUAAGGAGUAGAUUAACUUAUGUAGAUGUUGAGCUAAAUUCAAAAGAAUAAACCUUCCAUUAUUGGUAAACAUUCCAAGAUGCUAUCAAAGUUGGUGAAGAAUUAUUAAUAAUAAUGUAAAUCAUUUUAUUGA